UUUCCGGUUUACUUAGGCUUCAUUUCUUCCCUCCCAUUUGUCAUCUUAUCUUCAAGUGAGCUAAUCCGUUAGAGACUCAGCGAAAUCGUAAUCAUCGCCGUGAAAAUUCCUCAGCUUCCGCCACCAAUGGCACUAACCCAUAUCGUGAAUCCCAUCAUAUACUCUUCUCCCACUAUCCCCCGGCGCUUCGCGGCGAUCUCGCCACUUAAAACCCUAAACCCCCAAUUUUCCCGCCACACACCUCAACACGCCCACGCACUCUCUCGCAGACUCUUCCUCCCUUCUGUCUCCUCGAUUUGGGAUGCUAUAACUGGAGGCGGAGAUUCGAAUCCUCGUGAAGCCAUCGCAGCGAUUCGAAACGGAAUGCAACUCUUCAGACAGGGUGAUGUUUCUGGAUCGGUGACAGAGUUCGAUAAAGCUAUUGUGUUGGAUUCCCGACAAAAGGCAUGUAAGUGUUAUGUGUUUUUGUCUGAAAAGCUUGAAAAUUUUCGAAUAAAAAAUGAUUUUAGAUCAUAUGUUUUUGCUUUGAUGACAGAUCUUUGGCAACGUGGGCUUUCUCUUUACUAUAUGGAUAGGUUUGAAGAAGGAGCAGAACAGUUCAGGUUAGAUGUUGCUCAAAACCCAAAUGACACUGAGGAAUCGAUUUGGUGCUUUCUCUGCGAAGCUCGGCUCCACGGUGUUGAUGUUGCACGAAAACAAUUUCUUGAGGUUGGUAGAGAUUCUCGGCCUGUGAUGAGGGAAGCUUAUAACCUAUUCAAGAACGGUGGUGAUCCUGAAAAGUUGGUUAAUGACUUCUUGAGUGGUCAAGCAAGUGAAGUCUUCUACGCUUCAUUAUAUGCAGGGCUCUACUAUGAAGCCGAGGGUAAAUCAGAAAAGGCAAAGUUUCACAUAACAGCGGCUUGUGGAUCUCCAUAUGGGCAGAGGUCUGAUGAUUACAUGGCUUCACUUGCUAAAGUUCACCGCCUUUGUAGAAACUGGAGCUCCGGUUUAGUUUGAAACGGUUUUAGGCUUUUCUUGGAGCCCUCUCGUUUGUAUGUAUUUCUUUAAGGCCCAAUUGUGAAAUAAUAGCCCAAUUAAAAGUUAUCUUUUUUUUUGUCA